GACGCACCGGUAACUUCCUCUUUUGAAACAGGUGUUUUGAAAUCGUCAAGGCGCUGUCUGAAAACAAUGAUGCAAACACGUUUUGUUGUUAUAACCGGUGACGUAAAAUUUGCAUGUAAAACACCGUGACACUUGAAUAUCGUAUGAGGCCUUGGGACAUUUCAAAAUUUAAAAACGCUUGAUUCCAAAAAUUCAGAACAUUCCUUUGGCAAAAUGGCUGACAAUGUCAUUGACUCGAACAAACAACAGAACGCACAUGGCAUUAAGAAAACUCAGCGGAAAGAAGCAUUUACCAUAGAUUUUGGAAAUGGCACCAAGUCAAGCUUACAGGAUUCGUUCCUUAAAUUUAAAAGGGCAAAACAGGAUUAUGAUAAUAUUACAGCAAAAAUCCUGAAAAAGAAAGAGAUUGCAAAACAGAAAAGAAUACGAAGAGCAAGGCGGAGAAGACAGAAAAAUCCAAAGUUUCAAGAAGAGCUAAGACAAAAAUUCAUCAACCAGGCAAAGAAAUACUUUGGUAUUCCUUAUGCUAGAAAAUAUUGGUCUAAAGAUACUGAUGAGUACAGUUCAAAACUAUUUCUAGACUGUUGUGGUCUGGUUAGACAAGUGGUACGAGACUUGGCUAAAGACUUUGGCUUUGUUAUAGGACCAUGGAACCAGGCCUACAUGUACGACACACUGCCACACAUUGUAGAAUCCGAGAAAGAUAUGAAGCCCGGAGAUCUUGUGUUCAUGUCUGGGACCUACGUUAAUCCUAAAUCCACAAACCAGAAGCAUUUCAUGACCCAUGUAGAAAUCUGGUUAGGAAGCGGACCCAAGACUAUUGGUGCUCGAUGGAACAAUGGCAAGGUCCAGAUCUGGGACCAUUAUAAAUUUGAGGCUAAAAGUUUUAGCAAUACAGUUUACCACUUCAGGUCUAUAGACACAUGGUUAAAGGGAAUCUGUAAAAGUUACUGCCCAGAACACAAAUGGAAAAGGUCAAAGUUCAAACCAGGGAAGAAGUCUAUCUUCAAAGAGGCUCAGAAAAAAGAAAAAGAAGGCACGGACCAACAACAGGCAAGUGAUCAGGCUGGGCAACAGGUAGACGAAGGUGCAGAUGAAGUUGUCAAUGAACCUGAUGAUGAACCUGAUGAAGGGGAUGACGAAGAGGAAGAGGAUCAAAUUGAGGAUGAUGAUGAUGACGAUGAAGAUGAUUUGGAAGACGAUCUAGAAGAAGCAGAAGACAAUGAUCAAGAACUUAAUGAAGAUAAUGAAGCAGCCGAUGCCCCUGACCAAGGGGAGACAACUCAAGUGUCUACAGUGACGUCGCAAAGUACUCUUGAAAAAGAUUACUCUCAGAACAGUAUCGAAUCAAGUAAAAAAACUCCUUCUGGUAAAAGUCUUCAAGGAGUUGAUGAGAGUAAAAGACAAGGUUUAGAUCUGCAACAGAGUGAGACAAGUUUGCUGAAUGAAUUUCAGGAUGAAAAGAAAAAUGACGAAAAGAAAGAUUUUACUAUUGAACAGAAAAAUAGUGAUGAAAAGAAAGAUUUCAGUAAUGAACUGAAAAAUGGUGACUCUAUGAAAGCUGGCUGUGAUAAGAAGGAUUCCCCUCAUAUAGAAAAAAAUAGUAAUGGAAAGAAAGAUUUCAGUAAUGAACUGAAAAAUGGAGACUCUAUGAAAGCUGGCUGUGAUAAAAAGGAAUCCCCUCAUAUAGAAAAAAAUAAUAAUAGAAAUACUAGUGACAGUUUAGAAUUAGCAAGUCGAUUAAGCGACUCUUGUAUAGGAUCUGCCUGGAAUGCAUCUAAAGGUGGGAAAUGAAGUUGUGAUUAUUGUUACUUGUAAUUUUUGUAACAGAAAUGAAAUGAAAUCUUGCCAUUAUUCAUCCAUUAGUAUUCAUGGUCAAUUUUAUGAGCUGGUGCUUAAUUUUGCAUCAGAAUUCUAAUUUGGAGACUUGAAAUAAAUUCUUUCAAUUUUAAGUUUCAAAAUAAAUUUUUCAAUUUGAAGUUUCAGACUGCAGCAUUUAAAAACAUUUUAAAUUAAAAUAGUUAUUUGAUAUUUUAAAGUACUUGAACAGUGUCUGUAUACCACUUAAUCGAAAAAGAAAACAAAUUUGUUUCUUUUGUGGUAGGAUUGAAAUAUUAAUUUUAAGCUUGAGUCCAAAAUAAUUGACAGGUAUUCAAAUUUCUUUAACGAAAAUAUUUGUAAAUAAGAAAGUUUUUAUGAUCACUUGAUAUAUACUGAACAGAAAAAAGUUGAGGGUCAUCAGUUCAUAUUUUCAAUUGCAGUUGAAUUUAAUAUUGCCAUCACCAAUUUGUAGUACUUAGAAAAGCUGUUAACUCUCUGAAUGUUGUCCAAUUCAAUGGGGACUGCCUUUGAAUCCUUGAAGAAUUUAGUGAAAUCCUGAAGUGGAUUAUCAAUAUGUCUUCAUUUUCAUGGAAAUAAAUUGGUAGAUUUCAGAAAUUCAGUUUUUUUCUACAUCGUCCAUAUUUGAUGUGUGAUGAAAAUUAUCCCUCCUCUUAGGCCAAAGAAGAAUAUCUGAUUUGAAGGUUUCCUUAUCUUACCUUAAAAUGUCUACAUUAACAUUCAAACUGUCACUUUUUUUUUUAGUAAAUUGUGUCAAAAUUUUAGGUCUCACUUAAUACACUUGAGGUAUAAAGAAAUGAGAAAUAUAGAGAAUUCUUCUCUACUCAAGUACAGUUUUCAUUUCUGGUACAGAACGUUCUGAAAUGUCCUGUUGUAUUAAUGCAUGUAUUAUAUGUUACUGUUGGAAUAAAUGUUGAUGACUGCA